GUGAAAAACAAUGAAACACAUGCAAGCUCUUUCAACCAAAUUGUCUCGUGCAAGGGAGACUGAUAAUACCAAAAUCAAUCUUCUGUGGCUGUGCUCUAAAACGUAAGAUAUUCCAAUCUUUACCAGCUUCGGUUGACUGACAGACAGAGAUGCUCAUAUGAUCUCUCGUGUGAUAGGAAUGUCCGCCAGGUGGAAUUUUUUCUUUAUUUAGAAACCGGCUGUCCCAAAUUAAUGGUACAUAAGUAAUCUUUGCAAGUUACUUAUAUACUACAGUAAUGACAAAGUGCAGCAAAAUGCAUGUCUGUGUACUUGCGUUAACUGAUUUCCCCACUGUCGCUCGUCUUUUGUGUACUGUGAACCUCUAGAUUACAGAAGAGCGUGUUUGUCUGAAACGAGUUUCUGCACAGCGUGUGUUUCUGCUUUUUUAAGAUACCACAACAUGUGUCGGCUGUGAAGUGUUAUUCGGCAAUAUAAAAAGGUCGUGUCGGUGUGAACGGGCCUUUCUGUGUUUGAAUAGUAUUUUCAUCAUUAAGAGACGGUAUGGAAGUACUGACAGAGCCUUUCAGAAUGGCAUCUAAAUGGAAAUGGACACAAACAGUGAUGCUUCUUACCAGUGUGGUACAUAUUGUACAUGUUUCGGGCUUUUUACCAACUCUCACCACUUCCACACCACCUGAUACAUACAGUCACGUGCAAAUAACGCGGGAUGGAGUCCUGAAAAUGGCAGCUAAUUUUCUGACUGACAAUGGACUCGUGGAUGGGUCAUACACAAAUGCAGAGAGAGUCUUGACAAAGUAUUUUGGAUCAGACGUUGAUGGCCAGGAAAGAUUUAACAGGAAAAUAGAAGAUUUAUCAAUGCGUAUGAGCAAAGUGCAACGGGAUGUAAGAAAAAUUGCAAAAUAUACAGUCAAUGGCGAACAAAUUGAGGCUGGUAAGUAGAUGAAAAAAUACUAC